AUGAAUUACUCUAUCGUUACCGCGUUAUUUUGUCUGAUCUGCCAUUCUUACAAUAAUUCACCCUUUUUGGCGGCCGCCCAGAAAGCUAGAAGCAGUAGUAGUAGUAGACUCUGCGGCCAUGAAGAGGUUGAGCUGACAGACGAAAAUUGGAGACAAACUUUGAGCGGGAAAUGGAUGAUCAAAUUUUAUGCCCCCUGGUGCCCUGCCUGUCAAUCAAUGGAUGAGGAUUGGGUGAAAUUAGCUAGGAAGUUGAGACACCAUGGUUAUUGUGUGGGCUCGGCCAAUGUCGCUGAAAAUGCCGGCUUGAGUGGUCGAUUCCUUGUUACUUCAUUACCAACUGUUUAUCACGCGAUAGAUGGGAAAUUUCGACUCUACGAUGGAGUUAGAGCUACGGACGAGUUUGAAAAGUUCAUCGUCGAAUCCAAAUGGUCCGACGUCGAGCCAGUAGCUUGGUACCUAUCACCUACUUCCUAUCACAUGGCUACUCUUGGUAGCUUCUUUACAUUCUCCAUGUUCCUCAAGGAUGUACAUGUCAUGCUGACUGAUGAUUUCGGCCUUCCGAACUACCUCUCCUAUGCUAUGUUUGCCAUCGUCACCAUUCUCAUUGGCCUAAUUAUUGGACUGGUCAGUGAUGAUGAUGAUGAUGACGAUCCUUGA